AUGUCACUCACAGUCAAAGGCAAAACCGCUGUUGUCACAGGAGCAGGCUCAGGAAUAUGCUAUCAUUUCUCCAAAGUCCUCCUCGAGCGGGGAUGCAAUGUUGUCAUGGCCGACCUUGCUCUUCGGCCUGAGGCGGCCGAGUUACUGAAGGCAUUCCCUUCUCAGGCUUUAUACCAGCCGACCGAUGUCACAAAAUGGGAUCAACUCGAUCACGCAUUUGAGGUUGCUAAGAAGGAAUUUGGAGGCUAUGACAUCGUGUGCCCUGGUGCUGGCGUAUACGACCCGCCCUUUUCAAACUUCUGGCACCCAGCCGGCACAGCGUUAUCAAAAGACGUGCACAGCGAAAGUCGUUUCACAAGCCUUGACAUCAACUUGACGCACCCGAUCUACGCAACCCAAAAGGCCAUUGCGCAUUUCACAGAGAACAAGAAGCCAGGAUCUAUAGUGCACAUCUCGUCUAUCGCAGCACAAGGCCCAGUCUUGUCGGUACCCAUGUACUGCGCAGCCAAGGCUGGAAUAUCCCAUUUCGUCCGGUCGCUCGGAGGUCUUGAGACACCUCCCGAAAGCACCAACCUGGCUAGCAUCCGUGUGACAGCAGUUGCACCGGGAGUGAUCAAAACACCACUGUGGACAGAGCAUCCAGAGAAGCUGGCGUGGAUCGAUGGCGCAAAGGACGAAUGGGUAGAGCCUGAGGAUGUUGCGUUGGCAAUGCUUAGUCUGGUUGAGAAGGAUGAAUAUGUUGGAGGAACGGUUUUGGAAGUUGGAAAAGGUCAAACAAGAGAGGUCCAUGUUCUCAAUGAUGUUGGGCCAUCUGGCUCGGGACAUACCGUCAGCGGCCUGAAGAAGGGCGUAGAUGAGGUUUGGGAGAUCCUUUCACAAAAGAGCCAUAGCUGA